GUGACAUACUUAUACCAAGUGAGAAUCGGUUGAAUAAAAAAGUAGAAUUUUGUUUUAAAACAAGAUCCAAAAUUUGAAACCUAUUAUAUUUUCAGUCAUCAUCUGAUGCCAUUUCUUGUUGGAAACAACUUCUAUGCAACAAAUCUUUUUUCCCCAAAGCAAAAAAGAUUAUAGCCAGCUCAUAUUCACACCUCAAAACUCGCUCUGGAUUUCUGCAAAAACUGAGUCUUGAUUUUUGCUACUGUGAAGAUUUGAGUGAUGUUUGGUUUCUGAUGAAUAUAUGAGGCUUUGAUUGCUUGCAGUUGAGUCCUCUCUUUUCUCAGCGACCCAAUUAUUGCAGAAGAAAUCAGACGAGUGAAAAAUUAUUUAUAUAUACAAAGUGAAUUUUAUCUUGCAGACUAGUGUGUUCAGCUCGAAGCAAUCUUGAGUGUUGAAAUCCAAAUUUUUAUCUGUGUUUUUCUAUCGGAGUUUUGCAGCAGACAGAUUUCGAUGGAUUCCGUUGAUUCAUCGCCAAAUUAUAUGAAGGCCAGAAGCAGAUUUGAUCCAAAGAAAGAAAAUUCUCCGGGAGGAAGUGAAUCUGAUGAGAUUAUGUGCGUUAGUUGUGGAUCAGCAGUUAUGGAAGUUUCCAAUAAUGGAAUCAAGCAUAACUUUGCAACUGUUAGGAGGAGACCAAAACCAAGAGUCAUCCAAUUAUCCGAUAAUGAUGAGGCGUCGCCUCAUUAUCUCAAGGCCACUACUUCUUCUGAGGGCAAGAAAUCGCGCUCUUCUGAAUCUAGGCUCCAUGAUUCCUCACACCCAAAGUUGGCUCUUUCCAGAAAAUCCAGCUUUCGAAAUGUGAGGAUUUUGAUGAAGAGGACUAGUUUCAACUUCAAGCCCAAGAGGUCUUUGUUGAGAGAUGCUGGUGUUGAAAGAGCCACGUAUUCUUCGACUCUUAAGGAUUCCAAGUUUCCUGCCCCUCUGGAGAUUCAACUUCACCCUAGUAGGGAGGAAGAAUCCGACGACACUUCCGCAGUGAAGGUUUGCCGCUACCAUCAUUGCUCCUUACACGGAGGUUGCCACGCAGGUGCUGAAACCGCCCCUCCAUUGAAGCAUUUCCUUUACAAACGGAGGCAGUCAUUGAGGAAGCAAAAGAGCAUGGUGCCUAAGGCUGAUAGAAAGAAGAAUCUCCACAAAAGAGUAAUACCUCAUGAGGUAGAAUCUUUGAAUCAAGAGAGAUUCAGUGACAGCAUAGCUGUUUCUGGUGUUCUAAAUGAGGAAACUGAGCUAUUUGAUGAUGGGUAUAGCAAUGUUCAAGAGGCGUAUCUGGUUGAGCUCGCCUUUGGUGAGACAUCGUACCCUGAGAGAAGCUACCGGGAUAGUCUAGACAUAUUGAGGAAGUAUUCCUCAGAGGGGCAAGCUCUUGGAGGGGCGUGCUCAUGUGAAUCCACGGCCACACCUGAAAGAGUCGAGGCUACUGCAGCGAGCCUUGAAUUGAAGAACGACAAAGAUUCAUCUGCUGUUGUUCUCGACACCUCCAUUGAUGAUGUUGCAGUAAGCUGCAAAGAUGGUCCAGACACUCCACUCAUAUCCGGUGAAAAAACCAACAAGAGGAACGUAUUCUCAUCAGCUUCUUCGAGUAGCAAUUCCUGCGAGGAAGAUACUGAAUCUUCACCACCGGUUGAAGAAGAUUCAAAAGCUGAUGAAGCUGCAGUCGUUGGAGAUUCUGAGUCGAACACCCCUACGCACAACGGGGGCAAGCUUCACUUCAGCAAACCAAGGCAUAUGAGCAUGUGGAAUCUGAUACAUCAACAUAUGUCAUCAAAUGUCUCUGCUGAAUCUACAGAUAAGGAGAGUGCAGAUGUAGCUAGUGACUCGGAUGCUCAAGAGAUUGAACUCCGAAAGAUGUUUGCUGUGAAGCUCGUACGAGAGGCAAUAGAGAAGAUCCUCCUUCCGGAGGUUCAAGACCAAGCAUCUGAUGAUCAGUCGGUCACCAGUGAAACCACUCCACGAGCAGAGAAAGAUCAAAGUAGAACGUGUGUCCAAGAAACCGAUGCUGAUGGAGACAAGGGGAAUGUGCCGUCUGAUCCGAAAGAGGAGGCUGAGGUGGUGAAGAAAUCUGAGAAGAAAGCUCCGAAGCAUUGGAGCAAUCUGAAGAAGUGGAUUCUGCUUCAGAGAUUUAUCAGAGAAUUGGAGAAGGUGAGGAGAUUCAACCCCAAGAAGCCGCGGCAUCUGGCAGUGAAUCCGGAUCCUGAGGCAGAGAAGGUGAGCCUCCGACCUCAGACGGUGGAGGAGAGGAAGAGCGCGGAGGAGUGGAUGCUCGACCACGCACUUCGCCAGGCAGUAAGCCAGCUUGCCCCAACUCAGAAGAAGAAAGUGACAUUGCUUGUGAAAGCAUUUGAGACCGUGGUUCCGCCUCAACAACAACCCUCUCGUCGAAUCCCGAGCCUCAGAACUGUUUCAGUCUUCCACUCUGCAAAUGCCGGCCUCUCAAGCGGUGAUCUCAAGUCGAGUGAUGAGAAUGAGAAGCUCGAAGAUCCUGUCCACGAAGAAAGUGUUGAUAAUGAUGGUGAUGGACUGGUGGUGCAGGAAAUGGGAGACGAGACGAAGACAGAGGCCGUGCAAGGCCUUCAAAACGACGAUUGCACAGAGGGGGAGGGGGAGGCGAAAGACAGGAAAAAACAUAUCAAAAUGUGGCAUAUGAUAUAUCAGCAUGUGGUAUCAGAUAUUGCUGAGAAAGUUGGAGGCCAUCUUCUCGAUGGAGGCGAGGACGAAGAAGGAGACAUUAAUGAUGGUGCAUCGAGCAAUCUGAGAGGCGGCCUAACCAAAUCCGAUGCUCUCAAACUCGUGAAGCAAGCAGUUGAUGAGAUCCUCGUUCCAGAAGCACAAGACGACGCCUCAGACACUCAAUCAGUCUCGAGUGACUCCGUUCAAGACGAGGAUUUGGGAGUAGAAUCAAAGGCGGAGGUGCCGAAAUCAAGAAACUGGAGCAAGCUGAAGAAGCUCCUGCUCUUGAAGAGAUCCAUCAAAGCAUUGGAGAAAGCCAGACCACAACCUCAUCUAGUGCCUCUGCCUGAUCCCGAACCAGAGAAGGUCGACUUGAGGCAGCAGAUGAUGAACGAGAGGAAGAAGGCGGAGCAGUGGAUGCUGGACUACGCGGUACAGCAUAUUGUCACGACGCUCACACCAGCUCGGAAGAGACGGGUGUCUAUGCUUGUCGAAGCGUUUGAAGCAGUUGUUCCAUUGCCACAAGCAUGAAGGAGGUGACUGCUUGUUUAAGGCCUAAGAUAUUCAUCUCCAUAUGUAUAUUUAUUAUCUCAACUUGGUUGCUUAUCCUUAUAUUUGUUGUCAGUCACCCCAUAAUUUUGCUAGAGAUGAGAGUUAUAGAGCCAUUUUUCAUUCAUUUUUUGUGGUGUUGAUUGUAUUGUUCGAAGCAAUUUAAAGCUGCUAUCUGUAAAUCUUUGUGCUUGUAUCUGUAUAGGGAUCUUUACUGUAUCACAAUGUAUCAGGUUUCAUGUAUGCUGAAUCUUUGGUUUGAUGUAGAUUAUGAAGCUUCCUAGCAUUUUUGUCA